AUGGGAACUCACGUCCAAGAGGAAAUACUUAUGGAUAUUCUGAGCAGGCUACCAGUGAGGUCACUUGUUCGUUUCAAGUGUGUUUCAGAAUCUUGGAAUACAUUGAUUUCUGAACCUUAUUUUAAGAAGAAACAUCUCAACCAUGCUAAAUACCAACCCAAUUCCCAAAAAUUUCUUUUUUUAAAAUGGUCCAAAAAGGAUGAUACUUUUCACUUCUAUUCUUCUUCUUUAUCCUUGGUUCAACUUGUUAAGGAUAUCCCUAGAUUUGAUUGUCCUUCAAAUUUUGAUUUAGCAAAUGGUGUAAAACUCUAUUCUAGUUGUGAUGGUUUGUUUCUCAUCGGUAUUUGGAGUGAACUUGGUCGGGAACAACCUUCAAUAUUAUUGAUAUGGAACCCCUCCACAGGAGAAUCAACAAUACUUCCCCAUUCAAAAUUGUUAAAACAGUUGGGAUAUAAUGAUGAUGACUCAUGUAGUGAUGACGAUAAUUGGGGAUGUACUUAUGGAUUGGGAUAUGACUCUACUAGUGACGACUAUAAAGUCCUUAGGAUUGACCUUUCUAGAGAUGACAAUAAUGCAAAUGAAAUUUUGGCAUUGAAAAGUUGUUCCUGGAGAAGAAUUGAUGAUAAAACCUCUGGUAAGGCAUAUAGUCGUUUGUUGUUUGGUGGGGAAGAUGUGGCAGUUGUACAUGGAGCAUUUCAUUGGCUUGGUAUCUUAUCAAGGUUUUGUGUGGUUUCAUUUAAUAUAUCAUAUGAGGUAUACGGAGAGAUACCAUUGCCGGAGAUGCUGUGGUCGCUCCCUUCAACCUGCUGGUUGAAUCGCAUUCGUUUUGAUGCGGGCGUCUCAGAGUUGGGAGGAAUGCUUUGUGUUUGGUAUAGGUACGAGGACACUUUCAGUUUAUGGGCAAUGAAAGAUUAUGGUAUUAAAGACUCUUGGAUGAAGUUUUUCAGUAUAACAAGUAACGGGUUUCGUGAUAUCAGACCCAUAUAUAAGUUUUCAGAUGAUAAAGUACUACUCAGCAUGAGAGUUAAUUUAACAAUAAGAAUUGUAAAUAGGAUAAUAUCUAAUCCCACUAUGUCUGGAAAGGGUAGUGUGUACGCAAACCUUAUACCCCUAUCCUGA